AUGUCGUCUUCCGACAUUUCGAGUGCCGCUCACGCGGUGUCAGAAAGCUUGUCGGCAACGAUGAAAACCUCUUCCGAUGCCCUGCCUUCUGCCUUUACGCGCGCGCAGGAAGUCGUCGCAGCCCAGGGGUCGUCUAGUUGGUUGGGUCUGUUUGGCCGGUUGAUUCUCGCCAUUCUGUCUUUGAUCUCCUCGAUCCUCUACUGGGCCAUACGGAUCGUUACCAUUACCAUCCCAACCGUCCUCUUCACCAUGUUCUCAACGAGCUGGACCGUGACGAUGAACGCUACUACGUUAAUGGUCAUAAUGGUCGCCAUUAUAUCUGCUGUUAGUUGGGUGGUGCGAUACCGCAUCCUGAACAUGUACUCCCGACUUCCGCCGGAGCCUCAGAGAAAGGAGCCUGACGUUGACCUCUUUCCCGACACACAUGAUGAGGGCAAGAAGUCUGGUUUAUCGAGCUACCUGGACGAGUUUCUUAGUGCCAUCAAGAUCUUUGGCUAUUUGGAACGACAGGUCUUCCACGAGCUGACGAGGAGCAUGCAGACUCGUAAGCUCAUCGCUGGCGAGACCUUCAACCUGGAAGAGGAGAAGGGAUUUUGUAUCGUUGUGGACGGUCUAGUGGAGAUCUUUGUCAAAUCUGGCCGAAAUGCCAGAGCCAUGGACCCAGAUCCCUGCGAUAACUUCGGGCCCGAUUCUACCUAUCCUGGGGAAGAGGAAGACGUGUCGCUACAUGGACAGCAGAGAUAUCAACUUCUCACGGAAGUUCGCAAUGGAGCACCGAUGUCUUCUCUGUUCUCUAUCAUGUCGCUGUUCACAGAGGAUGUCAAACUUCGGUCGACGGAUGACGAAGCCCCUGAACCUACGGCAAGCAGCGCCGGUCUGAGAACAUCUCCAUUCUCACGCAACACCGGUUUCCGCCGUAUGCCUUCGGACCCCGCUAGCCCAUUCCCUGUCACGCCCGAGUUUCCCGAGAACGCGGAGGAGGGGUCUGGCGUGCGGAUUGAGGAGCCUCCGAAGCGGGCUGCUACGCCGAACUUGCCUGGUGGCGCAAGAAUCCCGCCCAUCUCUUUGGACAGCUCUGGAAGCGCCCGCCAACCCAAGCGUCCUACGCUUCAGAGUCGAGCAACGUCUGGCUCGGCCCAUCCGGACAUCAUCGCUAGAGCGACAGUUGACACGACCAUCGCUAUCAUUCCGGCCAGCGCCUUCCGCCGCCUGACCAAGGUCUAUCCCAAGGCAACCUCUCACAUCGUCCAGGUCAUCCUUUCCCGCUUCCAAAGAGUCACGUUGGCGACAGCUUACAACUAUUUGGGGCUCAUUGGUGAAGUGUUGCAGACCGAAAAAAAUAUGCUUUCCUUCACCACUUGCCAAUUGCCCAACAUGCUCCGUGGCGAUGCUCUUCAGCGCCUGAAGGAGAAAUUCGAUCGAGAGCGGGAGAGAGUUGGUGGUGAAUCUGAAAGCAAGGGCAUAGCGCUUCACAAUGCCAACGCUCAUCGUCGACGCAAAUCGACGUCUACCCUUCGAAAGGAUGCCGUGAAACACUCUAUGGCCACCAAGGAGAGGUCCUUUUCUCAAGUUGCGACGACCAUCGCACCACCAAGAGAGAGAGCUUCGACGCAUACAAGUCCUGGCGAUCUUUUGGCCAACAUCCAAUCCGCGAGAUACGCUGAUCAUCGACCGUCGGGCGGGAGUACUGGUCCCAUUGACGUUGCCGAUGUUCUUCGUCAUGAAGGAUCUAGCCCUCUCGCUCAGCGCUCGUUCAAACCCUUCUCGACCCAAAGACAUUCCCGAGCAUCAGUUGAUGGCAGAGAAUCUCUGGACGAAGACAAUCUCUUUCGUCAGUCAAUUCUCGAAUGCAUGUUUAAAGCGAUCGGUCUCAGCAGCAAUGGCAGCGUUUCACGUGAAGCCGAGUCUGUCGAAGGCUCCCCUCGGCUCUUCUCCUAUGACCAAAGACGGUCAAGACCAGGACCUGGCAACAAUGCAUUCGGCCUCAUGGGGCCUUUUGAUGCCUCUGGUGAUGGCGAUACAGAAUCGAUGACAUCUGGUGGGUUCACAUUGAAUACACCACCCAACGCACACCUUCUUGCGAACGACAUGAAGGAUGACGUUGAGAUCGUCUUUUUCCCCAAGGGAUCAGUAUUGGUUGAGCAAGGCGAACGCAACCCCGGUCUUUACUACGUGGUAGAUGGAUUCCUCGACAUUUGUACAUCCAAGGAGGAUUCUUCCGCGGACAUAUUGCAGUCUGCAAGCAGAACAUCGCUGCAUGCUGGUUACAUAGGGAUGGAUGGCUCUCCCGGAUUUUCCACGGACAAUAUGGACACCAAGACCAAGAAGCCAUACCGUCGCAGUGUAUCACUCAUCAAGCCCGGCGGACUCGCAGGAUACGUCGGCACUGUGUCGUCAUACCGAUCUUUCAUCGACGUGGUGGCCAAGACGGAUGUAUACGUCGGAUUCCUCCCACUAUCUGCUCUAGAACGGAUCGUUGAUCGUUAUCCUAUUGUCCUGCUGACAAUGGCCAAGCGAUUGACUAGCCUCCUGCCGCGUCUCAUUAUGCACAUUGACUUUGCUCUGGAUUGGGAGCAAGUUGAUGCUGGCCAGGUGCUUUUCCAUGAAGGCGAAGAAAGCGAGGCCAUCCACAUUGUCCUCAACGGUCGACUCCGUCUUGUUCAAGACAGGAAAGAUGGCGGUGUCAAUGUCCGAGCCGAGUACGGUCAAGGCGAGAGUGUUGGCGAGCUGGAGGUCUUGACCGAGUCCGUCAGACCCGGUACGCUUCAUGCUAUCCGACAAACUGAGUUGGUCAAGUUCCCGCGCACACUGUUCAACAGCCUUGCUCAGGAGCAUCCGAACAUCACAAUCAAGAUUUCCAAAAUCAUCGCGUCGCGCAUGAGGAACCUCGUUGACGACCCUUCUCAGCUCCUCUCCAAAGAGGUGGGUAACACGAACACGAUCACUAAGGGCUCGUCUUCCCUUAACCUGAGGACAGUCGCUAUCCUGCCUGUCACUUCUGGUGUUCCUGUAGUGGAGUUCGGCAACCGCCUGAUGAACGCCUUGGCUCAGGUUGGCCCUGCAAAUGGCGCCACCUCUCUUAACCAGUCCGCAAUUCUCAACCAUCUCGGCAAACAUGCAUUCAAUAAGAUGGGCAAGCUCAAGCUUUCUCAAUACUUGGCUGACCUGGAAGAGAAGUACGGUCUGGUUGUCUACGUCGCAGAUACCAAUGUCAACUCCCCAUGGACUCAGACAUGCAUCACGCAAGCUGACUGCAUCCUGCUAGUGGGUCUUGCCGAGGGCUCCCCCGAGAUUGGUGAGUACGAGCGGUUUAUGCUGGGAAUGAAGUCGACAGCGAGGAAGCUCCUCGUUCUUCUCCAUCCCGAAAGAUACUCUCAAUCGGGCUUAACCAGAGCUUGGUUGAGGAACCGUAUGUGGAUCAAUGGCGGACACUACCACGUUCAAAUGCCUCUCGGACCUAACAUCCUUCCCGCGCAUCCGCCUUCCAAGAGGACUAGCACGACUCUGAAGGAGAGAGUCCAGAUCAUCCAGGCGGAGAUCCAGAAGUACACUUCGAGGAAGACAAGACACAGCGCGUUCUACUCUCCAGACGCGCCGUUCAAGGGUGAUUUCCACCGUCUGGCCCGACGGCUUUGUGGCAAGUCUGUUGGUUUGGUCCUUGGUGGAGGCGGAGCUCGAGGCUUGACCCAAAUCGGCAUUAUCCAGGCCAUGGAAGAAUCCGGUAUUCCCAUUGAUGUUGUCGGUGGAACUUCGAUCGGAUCCUUCAUAGGUGCCCUUUAUGCCCGCCAUGCCGACGUUGUUCCGAUUUUCGGUCUCGCCAAGAAGUUUGCGGGCCGCAUGGCCAGUAUGUGGCGUUUCGCGCUGGACCUCACGUACCCAACUGCUUCGUACACCACUGGGCACGAGUUCAAUCGUGGCAUCUUCAAAGCAUUCGGCAAGACUCAGAUUGAGGAUUUCUGGCUAGAGUACUACUGCAACACGACAAACAUCAGUAAAAGUCGAAUUGAGUACCACACUAGCGGCUACGCAUGGAGAUACAUCAGAGCAUCGAUGUCCCUGGCUGGUCUGCUUCCACCACUGUGCGAUGAAGGCAACAUGCUUCUGGAUGGCGGUUAUAUUGAUAACCUAACCGUCUUGCAUAUGAAGAGGCUGGGUGUGGAUACUAUCUUCGCAGUGGACGUUGGUGCUCUCGAUGAUGACACCCCACAGGCGUAUGGUGAUUCACUUUCGGGUGUGUGGGCAUUUUGGAACAGGUGGAACCCGUUCUCGGGUACGCCCAAUCCUCCGACGUUGGCGGAGAUCCAGGCUAGACUGGCUUACGUGUCUAGCGUCGACGCCUUGGAAAGGGCGAAGACCAUGCCCGGCUGCUUCUACAUGCGACCUCCCAUCGACGACUAUGGUACGCUCGACUUUGGCAAAUUUGACGAGUUGUACCAAAUGGGCUACAAAUAUGGGCAGGGCUUCCUGCAAAAAUUAAGAGAUGAUGGUGCGCUGCCUUUUAUGGAAGAGACCGAGGCUAAGAAGGCGAUGCGGAGGACCAUGGCGCCCAGAAGAGCCAGCAUCUAG